UGUCCUGCCAAGUUCCAGUAUGAAAGGCCAAGGCAAGAAGCAGAAUGGACAGGCCAACCAUCACAAGUACAGCCACCUCGCCUACAGCAUUACAGACACUCCGCCCUGGUACCUCUGCAUCUUCCUGGGGAUUCAGCAUUAUCUCACAGCCCUGGGAGGGCUUGUGGCUGUGCCACUCAUUCUGGCCAAGGACCUGUGCCUACAGCAUGAUCCCCUGACCCAAAGCUACCUCAUCAGCACCAUUUUCUUUGUCUCUGGCAUCUGCACACUCCUUCAAGUCCUUUUAGGAGUCAGGUAGGCUAACAGUGCCCUAGAAGAGCCCACAGUCUUGC